AUGGCGUCGGAUGCGGGGCAGGGAAUUCCUGCGAUUCCAGGUGCAGAGGCGGCGGAAACAAAGAAACCCGUCCCUCCAACUCGUUUCCAGCUCCCACCGGGUCCUCGUACGCCCUACGAGCUCGUUGACAGUUUCUCCCCUUGGGAUUAUCCACCGGCGAUUGCGAAGAGUCCAAAGGGUACCGACCUUCCCGAGAGCGACCCAGCGCCGUAUCGCGAGCGAUCCUCCAGUCUCGAUCCGUACUUGGCUGUCGAGAAUUCCGAGUACACCGAGGAGCUCAUCAGCGGUGCGACCGAGUUUCUAGAAUUCUUCGGUCGAAAGGCAAUUCGAGAUACCCCGAUAUUCACGAUGGCGACCCCUCAGCUGCUUUUCGUUGACGGCACCUUCGCCGAGCUGGCGCAGGAAAUGGCCGAUUACAUCCAGGUCGGUGACCAAGUCAAGCCGUACCUCGACAAGGAGGAGAACGAGGAGGCACUCCAGAUUAUCGUCAAGGCUUCGGGUUUUCUCAAUUCGGCCCCCGAGAAAGAUUUCACAGGCGCCUACAACCUCCUGAUCCAUCUGGUCCUGCAGUCCAAGGAUCCCGUCAAAUUACUGCCCGCUGUGUGCGGUAAUCUUAUGAAGCCGAUUACCUCGUCUCCGGCCCACAGCUUCACCCUUGCCGCUAAUGCGCUCAGUACCAUUUUCAACCUCAUUGAGCCGCGCAAUCCCCUGCGCUUCAAUGUUUUGAUGCAGAUCAUUCGGUUUGUUCGGCAGCACGGUCAGUUCGACGUGCUCAAGCCGCGGUUAAAGAAUCUGGAGGGUUGGUUUGCCGAAUGGGAGACGGAUGCUGAGCAGCAACGCAACCUCUAUGUUCAAGUGUCGGAGACUGCCGCGGAUGCCGGCGACGAUGAGGAAGCAUACCACUACCUCAUCAAGGCUCUCCGUACCCUCGACCGCGAAGAGCAAGAGGAAAUCACUUCUGAGGAGGCCCAAGAGCUCUCCCUUAGAGCGGUCCGCAUGGCGAUUUCGUCCCCUAUACGGUUCGACUUCCAGGACCUGCGCGCUCUCCCCAGCGUACACGCGCUUAGCGACUCGCACCCGGUCUACUCGCAGCUGCUCGACAUUUUCACCGAGCAGGAUCUCGAGGACUACAACGACUUCAAUGACGAGCACGAGGGCUGGAUCGAGAAAGAGAAGCUUGACCACGAGAAGCUGCAGCGCAAGAUGCGUCUGCUCACAUUCGCCAGCCUCGCAGCCAGCACGCCCAACCGCGAGAUUCCCUAUGCCAACAUUGCCAAGGCGCUGCAGAUCCCCCGCGAGGAGGUCGAGAUGUGGACCAUCGAUGUGAUCCGGUCCAAGUUAGUCGAGGGCAGAUUGUCGCAACAGCAAAAAGUCUUCUUGGUGCAUCGGACAACCUACCGCGUUUUUGGCGAGAAGCAGUGGCGCGAGCUGGGAACCAGAAUCGACCAGUACAAGUCGAUCGUUGAGCGGCUCACUGCGGUUGUGCGCAAGGCACAGGCCGACGUGGAGGCCCAGCGCGAGCGGGAGCAGCAGGAGCUGGAGCGGAAGCUCGCCAAUGCUGGCAUUAGUGGUGGUCAGGGCGGCGAUCGCCGUCGCCAGCCGAGGCAGCGUACGGAUGAGGAUGACUGA